AUGGGAAAUUUAUACAAUUUUGCACCUGUACUGGUACAGACACCAUAUAAAUUAUACAUUUGUGUUGCAGCGACCACCGGUAUGGUGGAUUGGGAUUUAAAUAGCAGUCACUCAGCGGUAGCUGGAUUUUUAUUUUUAUUUGGAGUAGAAAUAAAAGAUUCUGCGCUAUGGAUCCCAGUGUUCUUGCAACCAUGGACAAGGAGGCAC